AAUUGACAGGUCAAACAUCUAAACAAGAGAAUAAAGUAAACAGCUAUUCUUCUGAGGUCAUCUUCUAUAAAUGCGCCUUGAAAAAGCACAAAUAACCAUCUACAAAGUAACUGUGUUAUUUAUUAUCAUUACUUCAACUUAAUUUGAUGAUUCACUGAACUGAAAAAAACUCUUAAGUCUUUAAAAUAAUGUCGGAGUAUUUGGAAAUCGCGAUAAACAAAUCUAUGAACAAAAGCUGCCAUAAUAAUUUGAAAUAUUUUCCAAAUCAUGAUAAUAUCAAAAAGAAACUUGAGGGAAAUCAUCAACAAAUUUUAGAAAUAUUUAGAAGUAUGAUUGAAUCGAGCAUUAAUUUAGCAUUAAAAGAUAAAUCAAUUUGUUUUGAUGAUAGUUUUCUUUAUCGUUUUUUAUAUGCAAAAAAAUUUGAUUGUAAUGCAGCUAUGGAUUUGAUUAUUAAUUAUUUAGUCAAUAAGAGAAAUACCAUGAUUUGGCAAAAUAUAAAUAUAUUUGAUGAAAAAAUACAACAUGCUUUGGUGGAUGGGAAUCCAGGAAUACUAAAUGAAAGAGAUAGACGAGGCAGACAAGUGAUUACUUUUACUGCUGCUAAUUGGAAUACCAGCAAAUAUUCUCUAGAAGAUAUUUAUCGAGCACUAUUAUUAACCCUCGACACAUUGUUGGAAGAUAUACAAAAUCAAGCCUUAGGAUUUGUAAUAAUUGUUGACUGGACUAAUUUUACGUAUAAACAAUCAAAGUAUUUAACCCCGAAAAUAAUGAAACAUAUUAUUGAAGGAUUGCAGGAAUUUAUGCCAGUUAAAUUUAAGGGAAUUCAUUUUAUCUCUCAACCGUGGUAUGUGGACUUUACUUUAACAGCUAUAAAACCAUUUUUUAAAGAUAAAAUAAGGAAACGAAUUUACGUGCAUGGAUCUAACCUGAGUUCAAUGCAUAAUCUUAUUUGUAAAGACAUCUUGCCUCCUGAAUUAGGUGGUGAAGCACCCAACGUGAACCAUUUCGACUGGUUUCAUUUCUUAGUCAAAUGUAGUCAAUCGUCAGAUAUUCCAAAAGAAUAUAGAAUUAUUAAAACAAUUGUAUAUACUAAAUCUCCUAUGAGUAUGAAAUAAAAUAAAAUUAUAAAAUUCAAAACAAUAA